AUGGCCUCUGCCGGCCCCAAAAAGAGAGAGGACAACUGGGUCGAUGGUCUCCGAGGUGUUGCGUCCUUCAUCGUCGUGACCGGCCAUAUAUGCACCGCAUUCGUUCCAUACCUACACAGCCCCGCCCCGAGAGAGGGUGCCGGGCCUCUGCUCUUCCAGCUUCCCUUCUUCAGACUGGUCGUGGGCGGCCGUGGUGCCGUGGCUAUCUUUUUCAUCAUCACCGGCUUCGUCAACUCGCUCAACCCUGUCAAGAAUUCCCGCAACAACAACACCUCCGUGGCCCUGGUCAAUCUGGCUAGGAGCACCUUCACCCGCUCAGGCCGGCUGGUCCUUCCAACCUCCAUCGCUAUCUGUAUCGCUUGGUUCUUGGCACAAAUGGGUGCGUUUCACAUGGCUUCUCGGGUCAAUGCGACCUGGAUCCGUGUACAGGCCCAUCCACCGGAUUCGUCCUGGGGGGAGGCUCUGAUCAAACUGUUCCGUGCUCUGACCCUAUAUUGGAAUACUGGUCCUGGUGAAUACGAUGGAACUCACUGGACUCUUGUAUAUUUCCUGCAAGGCUCGUUCCGGAUAUACUUAGCGCUCUUGGCCAUGAUGCUUCUCAAGACACGGUAUUGGCGCCUGGUCACUCUUUUCCUUUAUGUCUGGUGCUGGUCUAUCGGAGAUUAUAUCGUUGGAAUAAAUAUUUUCGCAGGUCUCAUGCUCGCACAGCUCCAGGUCGACCUUGGCUCUCGUGCCACCUCCUUUCUUCCCAAACCCGUCCCUUCUCUCAUUAUUAUCAUGGGUCUUUUCAUAUGGAGCUUCCCACAGCACAAUGCAGAAUGGAUGUACUGGUCACGGAUAAUGAAACAUUUCUUGGAACAAAUCAUCCCCAACAACACCGACAUCUCUCGUUACUGGGUUUCCAUCGGCACCUCAGUCCUUAUGGUUGGUAUCUUUUUCUCCCGCAACGCCAGGAAAGUCCUAACCAACCCCGUUUUCAAUUUCCUCGGCCGCGUCUCUUUCCCCGUCUACCUGCUACACAACUCCCUUAUGCGGACCAUACUUGUCUGGAUGGCUUACUGGCAUAAAGCAUCUACAACCCCGAUAAGAGAUGCUAAGGGCGACCUUAUUCAACUGCCUCAGCCGGGUGGACUUGCCUUCGUAUUCAUCCUCCCGGUGUUCUACACCGUUCUCUACGCAGUUGCGUACUCGUGGACUAUCUACGUAGAUCCAGUGUGCGCGAAAGCCGUUGACUGGAUGAAGCGCAUGAUGUUUAAGGAAGAAGAGCAGCAACCACAAUCUGAGAAACCAGCCCCUCUGACGGCCGUGGUGGCAUAA